ACCUUCUUCCUCACUCCAGUCCCCUCCAUUGCCAGCCACAUCUCACCAGAGCUCCAUCCUCUCCCCACCCACGAAUCAAGCACCACCGCAGCCUCCACCUUCCCGAUGGCCCGCACGAAGCAGACGGCGAGGAAGUCCACCGGCGGCAAGGCGCCGAGGAAGCAGCUGGCCACCAAGGCGGCGCGCAAGUCCGCCCCGGCCACCGGCGGCGUGAAGAAGCCCCACCGCUUCAGGCCCGGCACCGUCGCGCUCCGCGAGAUCCGCAAGUACCAGAAGAGCACCGAGCUGCUCAUCCGCAAGCUCCCCUUCCAGCGCCUCGUCAGGGAGAUCGCCCAGGACUUCAAGACCGACCUCCGCUUCCAGAGCUCCGCCGUCUCCGCGCUCCAGGAGGCUGCCGAGGCGUACCUCGUCGGACUCUUCGAGGACACCAACCUCUGCCUAUAUGUGGCCAUGUCGGGCCGCGGCAAGGGAGGAAAGGGGCUCGGCAAGGGCGGCGCCAAGCGCCACCGCAAGGUCCUCCGCGACAACAUCCAGGGCAUCACCAAGCCGGCCAUCCGCCGCCUGGCCCGCCGCGGCGGCGUCAAGCGCAUCUCCGGGCUCAUCUACGAGGAGACCCGCGGCGUGCUCAAGAUCUUCCUCGAGAACGUCAUCCGCGACGCCGUCACCUACACCGAGCACGCCCGCCGCAAGACCGUCACCGCCAUGGACGUCGUCUACGCGCUCAAGCGCCAGGGUCGCACCCUCUACGGCUUCGGCGGCUAGAGGCCUCGCCUCCUCUUCGUCCGCCUAGAGUGCUCAUGUAGUUCCUCAUCUGGAGGUGUAGAGAUGUUGCUACCUUCUUGCAGUGAGUGCGUGCCGGAAUCUAGUAGGUGUGGUAGGAGCUCUUGUUCGUGCUAUCAUGCAUUCUGUUAGUUUCUGAUCGUGUCUGAUGUUACCCGCUUGUUAUUAUCAGUAAUGAAAAUGUUGGCUAC